CAGCAAACCAAACCACCAUUGGUCUCGUCCAGUGUCAGUCAACUCAACAAUCUUCUUAGACUAGAGUGCAACAGCCAUGGAUCCAAAUAUCGAAAGUGCAAAGAAGCGGAAGAGAAAGGAAGCGAAAGCAGCCCUUGCUGCUUCAGAAGCCGAAUCGAACUCAUUACCGCCCCUUCCCAAUCCUAAACGUUCGAAGAAAUCAUCCAAGGAGAACGGAGACGGGUCAGAAAAGAGCAAGAAGCGCAGAAAGACAUCACAUUCUAGUGAAGGGGAGCAAGAAGACUCAUUCGACACAGCGGCGGAGGAUCUUCCAGUCAAUGGUGAACCUGUCGAACAGAACGGCCACGAGGACGACGAAGCACAGGACGCAGAUUCUGUCGACGAUGGUGAAGGCGCAGAUUUAGAAGAUAUUGUCGACACAAGAAUUGGCAACAGCGAACUUGCAGCCACAGAGAAUGAUCUUCCGACAGAUUCAGUCCCAUCCCUACCGGGCGCAGAUGCAACACCACAAAAGUUCAGCGAACUGAAAUUGUCAGAGAAAACGAUGCAAGCAAUCCAAGAGAUGGGGUUCGAAACCAUGACCGAAAUCCAGAGACGUGGUAUCCCACCUUUACUAGCCGGACGAGAUGUUCUUGGAGCUGCCAAAACCGGGUCUGGAAAGACAAUGGCAUUUCUCAUUCCCGCGGUUGAAAUGUUGUCGGCGCUACGAUUCAAGCCACGCAACGGGACCGGUGUCGUCGUGGUCUCACCCACACGAGAACUGGCUCUCCAGAUCUUCGGUGUCGCUCGUGACUUGAUGCAAUUCCACAGUCAGACGUACGGCAUUGCCAUCGGUGGCGCCAAUCGAAGCGCGGAAGCCGAAAAGCUUAGCAAAGGUGUCAACCUUCUGAUCGCAACACCGGGACGACUACUAGAUCACCUGCAGAACACUCCCGGGUUUGUGUUUAAGAACACCAAGGCGCUGGUCAUUGACGAAGCCGAUCGGAUCCUGGAAGUUGGAUUCGAAGACGAAAUGCGGAAGAUUGUCAAGAUUCUGCCCAAGGAGAACCGACAAACCAUGUUAUUCUCCGCGACUCAAACGACCAAAGUCGAAGAUCUCGCACGUAUCUCUCUACGACCAGGCCCACUGUACAUCAACGUCGAUCACAAGAAAGAGCACAGCACAGUCGAGGGCCUGGAACAAGGCUACGUGAUCUGCGAAAGCGACAAACGAUUCCUCCUCCUCUUCUCAUUCCUGAAACGCAACCUGAAGAAAAAAGUCAUUGUCUUCAUGUCAUCUUGCAACUGCGUCAAAUACCACUCUGAACUCCUCAACUACAUCGACCUGCCCGUGCUCGAACUGCACGGAAACCUCAAACAACAAAAACGCACCAACACGUUCUUUGAAUUCUGCAAUGCCAAACAAGGCACGAUGGUAUGCACCGAUGUCGCGGCACGAGGGCUCGAUAUUCCUUCAGUGGACUGGAUCGUCCAAUUCGACCCCCCCGAUGAUCCUCGCGACUAUAUCCAUCGCGUGGGCCGUACGGCUCGAGGAUCUAAUGGCAAGGGUCGGAGUUUGAUGUUCUUGCAGCCCAAUGAAGUCGGGUUUCUGAGCCAAUUGAAGGAAGCUCGUGUUCCUGUCGUCGAGUUCGAUUUUCCAGCCAAGAAACUCGUCAAUAUCCAAUCUCAGCUGGAGAAAUUGAUUUCUCAAAACUAUUACUUGAACAAGUCCGCCAAAGACGGUUAUCGAUCCUAUUUGCAGGCAUACGCCAGUCACAGUUUACGGUCGGUUUUCGAUGUCAACAAGCUCGAUUUGGUCAAAGUGGCUAAAAGUUUCGGAUUUGCUACGCCACCACGUGUCGAUAUCCAGCUCGGAGCUAGUAUGCAGAGAGACAAAAAGCAGAAUGGGCGGAGGCCAUAUGGAAGUCAGCCCAGGCAAGGCGGUCAUGGUCAUGGAGCCGGGGGAAAUCGACAUUUCAAGAGAUAGAGGGCUCCUAAUCAAGGUGCUGUCGCAUGCGAUCGAGGUCACUACGUUAAUCUGCAAUCAAAAGGCUCUUGAGGGCCAAGAAAUUUGGGGUACGAAUGAAUUGAUAAUUGACGAUGAAACGCUUCUAAACUGGC